AGAUGGAAGACGCGGGGAGUCCGGCUGCGCGGGCUCCGCGAGCGGCACAGGCGGCGCAAGUUCGGCCUCCUCCUGGACCUCGUAAUCUUGUGGCGGGGGUGGCUGCAGCCUGCAGGACCAUCCAUGGCCCCCAACCAUGCACCGGGCACGGACGCGGUGGUGGAGGAGCCGCAAGUUCCGGCUCAACGUCGACGUCCACUGCGUCGUCCGCGGGCUCCAGUACAUCGUUCGCGUACAGGUUUGGAGCGGCCGGUCCGGCAAGAAUCCAGGCCGGGAGCGGCGCCGCCGCCGGCAUGGCCGGUUCGGGCGGAGCAUUAGAAGGCCCAGCACCAUCGCGACCUCGGACGCCAUGUCCAAGACGUGGUCCACGGCGACGAAAACCGUUCCGGCGGCCUCCGAACCGGCGCAGAUCACGGGCGUGGCGGUUGUGGCGGCGAAGUCCACCAACACCAUGGCGACGGCGACGGCCCUGUCGGCGUCUACCGCCGCUACGAACAAGGUGCGGGAAGAAGGACAGGAGACCACGAGGCAUCCUCUCACCUUUUCCUUUCUUUCCUUCUGGCUCUUUUUUCCGGCGACUGUCGCCGGCGUGAUUUGCCUAUGCGUGCUCUGGGCAGAGACAAGUGUUGAUAACGUGUGAAGAAUGAUUUGAUCGAACCGUAACUUUCAUUGAUGA